UCCACUUCCGGCGUGUGCGUCCGCGUGUGGAACCGGCGAGCUCAUGGCUUCCCUGGAGUCUUCCAGGCUGGACGGCCUGACUGGAGACAUGGAGACAGAGGUGCCACAGUGUGCAAGGUGGCUGUACUGUGGGGAGCCUGACGACAGGCAGAAAGCUGUGCUGGUUCAGUUCUCCAAUGGGAAGCUGCAGAAUCCAGGCAACAUGCGCUUCACCUUGUACAACAGCAACGACGUGGUAAACCCGAGGUUGAGGAAUCAGCGGAUCCUGGCCGCUGAAACAGACAGGCUCUCCUAUGUUGGAAACAAUUUUGGGACUGGCGCCCUCAAAUGCAACACUCUUUGCAGACACUUUGUGGGGAUUGUGAACAAGACCUCUGGCCAGAUGGAGGUGUAUGAUGCCGAGCUGUUCAACAUGCAGCCGCUGUUUGCCGAAGAUGCUAUUGAGCAUGAGUCCCUGCUGGACAAUCAGACCAAGACUUUCAGGGAAAAGUUGGAUUCUUGCAUUGAAGCCUUUGGAAGCACCAAGCAGAAGCGGUCCCUGAACUCCAGGAGAAUGAACAAAGUUGGCAGCGAAUCUUUGAAUCUCACAGUAACUAAAGCUGCAGAGAACAUCAUCGAUACAAAGGGUGUGAACGCUCUGGUCAGCGAUGCCAUGCAGAAUGACUUGCAAGAUGACUCCCUGUACCUUCCUCCCUGCUACGCUGAUGUGACCAGGCCUGAAGACGUGUACAGAUUUGAAGACAUUCUGUCCCCGGCUGAGUACGAUGCUCUUGAGAGCCCUUCCGAAGCCUUCAGAAAUGUUACAUCAGAAGACAUACUGAAGAUGAUUGAAGAGAACAGCCACUGUUCCUUCAUCAUAGAAAUGCUGAAGUCUUUGCCAUCAGAUGAGCGGAGUCGAGACCGGCAAGCCCGAAGCAUCUGGUUCCUAGACGCCCUCAUUAGAUUUCGAGCUCAGAAAGUGAUAAAGGGAAAAAGUCAGCCCCUUGCAGGUGCCCUGGGACCUGGAAUCCCCCACAUCAUCAACACGAAGCUGCUGAAGCACUUCACCUGUCUGACUUACAACAAUGGCAGUUUACGGAACUUAAUUUCAAAUUCAAUGAAGGCCAAGAUCACUGCGUAUGCAAUCAUCCUCGCCUUGCAUAUAAGUAACUUCCAGAUCGACCUGACAGUGCUGCAGGGGGACCUGAAACUCAGUGAGAAAAGGAUGAUUGAGAUAGCAAAAGCCAUGAGGCUGAAGAUCUCCAAAAGAAAGGUGACCCUGGCAGACGGCAGGGAGGAGGACCACAGACUGGGCACUCUGUCUCUCCCACUGCCUCCAGCCCUGACCUCAGACCGCCAGUCAAAGCGGAAGAAGAUGAACUAGAUCUUUUCCAGAUGGCUCGCUCUGGCCAUGUCACAGCCACUUCUGUCCAGUCCCACUUUUAUUUUUUAAAAAAGGAAGCAGACUGGAUGUUGUGGUACUUUCCUAUAACCCAAGAACUCAGGAGACUGAGGCAGGACAGUUGUGGAUCCUGGGCCUGUCCGGGAUUCUACUGUGCUCCACCACCCCAAGGCCUUACUUUAGCACUGUUUUCAUGCCUCAGCCAGCAUCCCAGCUGUGCCUCUCAUGCAGAGAUUAAAGGAUGUCCUAGUUUGA